AUGGCCGAGGAGACACCGCUGCUGGCGGGCAGCCGUUCGGCCCUCUUGACGGCCACAGAGGAGUCCACGCUCCACUCCGUCCUGAUGGGUGAGUCGCUGCCUCUUCCCUUCCCAAAUCUGCCAAUUGUCGAGUUGGAAGGGUCCCCCCAGUGGCCAUCCAGCCCGCCCCCUGUGAUGCGUCUGUGAGCAGUGACCAUCAUGCGAGGUCCUUCUCCCUGGACCCUGCUCCCCGCUGUGAACAGAGAAAUCUGAGGGCUCCCUUGGACAAAAAAACAAGGACCCCAGCCAGGAAUCCCAGAGCCAAACAGCAGCCAGUCGGCUUGGUCUUGAUUGAAGACUGUCGCCACAGGACUCCCACCUGCCACCAGGUGGAACAAGAUGGAAGCCCCACAUUGUUGUAAACAAAAAUCUGCCCUUUUUCCCUUAUGGGGUAUCCAAGAGCCCAUAUAGAGUCCUUACAUAGGUUCCCUAUUGGUAGGAGAAAAUAACAGAGGCCAACCAGAGAAUAUUGAGAAGCAAAGCAGCCAGUAAGCCUGAUCUUUAUUGAACUGCUGCAACAGGGUCCUCACUCCCCACACGAAGGAGGGAGGAGGAACCCAGAACAAUGGUGUGCAAGGCCUUAUAAAGACUUUUGAAAUUGCCACCCUGUAGAUCAAGACCACCCCCAGAAACAUCAUACCUACAUCACAGAAAGGACGGUCUACAGCAGAAAUCUGAGUGCCUUGUUUACCUCCUGUCUGCCAGGUUACCUGUUUAAUGGUCACUUGAUUGGAUUGCCUGGGGAGCCUGGCCAGUCUUUUGUAAUGAUAAAUACUUAGUUCCUGAGCCAGGUCACAGACUCACAUCCUAUUCAUACACAGACAUACCCUUAAGACAGGAUUUGUGAGGAAAGAGACAAUGGGGAGGUUUCCCACUUUGACCUUGCAGAGAAAACAUUUGCUCAGUUUGGGAAUCAAAAUGGUUCCAGGUCGGUCUUCCUGUGCUGAUCUAUGUAUGUGCUUGGUUGGUACACUUAUGAACCUUUAACAUAUAUCUAAGACCUCAGAAUUCCUAUCACAACUCCCACCUGCCACCAGGUGGAACAAGAUGGAAGCCCCCAACAAAAGAGAACCCAAACUUUGAUUAGCUGCUAAAGACAUCGUUUACCUGGCGAUACUGCAACCAAUCCGUCAUUAAAUCUCUUAUUUCAGAUUUUUUUCUUCCUUUCAGUUCUGGUGAAGAUCCUGUUUGCUGCCCCAACCAUUGCUGGGAUUGUUGUAGGUGAGUCCGGAAAAAUAAUGUGCAAUGCUCUCUUUGCACAGAGACUCGAUCUCCGUCUGCCUGUCUGUCUCUGCACCUGUGGAUUAAUAAUAAUAAAUAAUAAUAACAUUUUAUUUAUACCCCGCCCUCCCCAGCCAAGACCAGGCUCAGGGCGGCUAACACCAAAUAUAAAAACAAUUGAUUGAAGCACAGCUUAAAAAACAAGAUUAAAAUACAACAUUAAAACAUUAAAAUGCAUUAACCCGGAUUAACCUGCUAAUGCAUUGCUACUGACUAGACCAGUGAUUCCCCAAGUUUUUUUUGAGUCCUUGCCUCCCCUUAGUUCUAGAAACUCACCCCAACAUCCCCAAACCAUGCGCACAAAAGCAUUAUUGAGAAUAGCUGCUUGCACGACCCACUAAAAGAAGGCGAUAUUAACCCGAUCCGAUUCAGCUAGAGAGCAUUGCAGGGCGAGCGAAUUUGCAGCACAAAGCGUUUAUACCUAAUUGCUCACAAUCUUGGGGUCCUGAGUUCGAGUCCUGCCUUGGGCAAAAGAUUCCUGCAUUGCAGGCACGGGUUGGGCUAGAUGACCCCUGGGUUCCCUUCCAGUUCUGCAGUUCCACGAUUUGGCCUCUCUCUCCCUGGAGAAGCCAGACUUGGAGAUUUCCUUGUUUGGGGAACAGGCUGCUUUUAAAGAAAGGGCUGGAGCUGUGCUGUUUUUAUUGUCAUUAUCUAUUCUGUUUUAAACAGAUUUUGUGCAUGGGUAUAGAUAUAUUUCUACCAGUGUUUAAUGGUGGUUUUUUCUACGGUUCGUAUUGUUUUUCCGCAAUGUGCAAAAUCCCUCAUCAGGAAAUCAAUAGCUAUCUUGCAAUCUGUGACAGCUCAGAAUUGCAAGUACAGAUGCAACCAAAGGAAACAGCCUUGAAAGCGAUAAGAGCAGAAAAACCUUGAGCUCAAAGCGAGGGAAGUGUUUCGCACCCAGCUCCAGCUCAGCUCAGGGAAGCUCUGGGCAGCAGCCAGUGUUGCUAAGAAUCAUAGAAUCCUAGAGUUGGAAGAGACCCCAAGGGCCAUCGAGUCCAACCCCCUGCCAAGCAGGAAACACCAUCAGAGCACUCCUGACAUAUGGUUGUCAAGCCUCUGCUUAAAGACCUCCAAAGAAGGAGACUCCACCACACUCCCUGGCAGCAAAUUCCACUGUCAAACAGCUCUUACUGUCAGGAAGUUCUUCCUAAGGUUUAGGUGGAAUCUUCUUUCUUGUAGUUUGGAUCCAUUGCUCCGUGUCCGCUUCUCUGGAGCAGCAGAAAACAACCUUUCUCCCUCCUCUAUGUGACAUCCUUUUAUAUAUUUGAACAUGGCUAUCAUAUCACCCCUUAACCUCCUCUUCUCCAGGCUAAACAUGCCCAGCUCCCUUAGCCGUUCCUCAUAAGGCAUCGUUUCCAGGCCUUUGACCAUUUUGGUUGCCCUCCUCUGGACCCGUUCCAGUUUGUCAGUGUCCUUCUUGAACUGUGGUGCCCAGAACUGGACACAGUACUCCAGGUGAGGUCUGACCAGAGCAGAAUGGAUAAGACGCUCAUCCAGAAACACUCGCUGUGCUGGGCUUGAGGCCUGGUUUGUGGCCAGACUAGGGAGGGAACACCAGGGGUCAUCUAGUCCAACCCCCUGCAAUAAAGGAAUCCCAGCUUUAAAAAUCCCUGAUCAGUGGCUGUUCAGCUAGUUGGUUGGGGUUUUGCAUGUGGCCUGCAUAGCUCUCUCCCAACUCUGAUUAUUUGGCAAACAUCCUGGAGCCGGGUGCGAGUCUUCCUGCUGCUGCUGCUGCUGCCGCCAUAAUAGGAUUGUAUUUGCUUUAUUUAUGCUCAAGACGGGAUACGAGGUUCUCUACCCUCCUCUUUUAAUCCCCACAACCACCCUGCGAGGCAGACCACCACCCCAAUGUCACACCUAGCGAGCUACGUGGCUGAGCAGAGGGAUUCGAAUCCUGGUCUCUUCAAGGUCCUAGUCAGGCGCUCCAACCACUAAGCCAUGCUGCCUCUUGGGGCUGCCAUUUGGGAUGGGGCGCCGCCUCCUGGCUCCCCACCCUGGCAAUGGGCUGCACUCGAAGGGCAGUCGGCAGCUGUGCUUCCUUGGACUGGGGGGUCUCUCCCAAGUCUGAGCACUGGGAAGCAGCAGUGGCAGUGGGGUCCACAUCUGCGGCUAAUAAUAAUAAUAAUAAUAUUUUAUUUAUACCCUGCCCUUCCCGGUUCAAAAACUGGGCUCAGGGCAGCUAACAACAAAUUUAAAACACUUAAUUAUAAAAGCAGCAUAAAAUACAGAAUAAAAACAUGAAUAACCAUAAAAUAUUCCGUAAUCAGUUUAGGGGAAAUAAGUAUUAGAUAAUCCCCAGGGCUAGCUGGCUGAAUUGGUCCUACUUGGGCCAGCGAGGAGGCCAGGGGAGAAUUAGCUGUGGGAUCCCAGAGCGGGUGAUCUUCAUAAAAGGGGAGGGGAGGGAAAUAGAAGAUCAGGCUGAAUUCAAAUUAAAGGCCAGGCGGAAUAGCUCUGUCUUACAGGCCCUGCAGAAGGAGGUUAUAUCCUGCAGGGCCCUGGUCUCCUGGGACAGAGCAUUCCACCAGGUCGGAGCCACCACUGAGAAGGCCCUGGCCCUGGUGGAGGAUAAUCUGACUUCCUUAGGGACCUCUAAAUUAUGAUUAUUCAUGGACCUCAAGGUCCUCUGCAGGGCAGACCAGGAGAGGCUGCCCCGUAGGGGGAGAGUCCGGGGUCCCGGGUGCUGAGCCUCUCCCGCUGUGCCUCCACCUGCAGGAGCAGUCUACCUGGGCCAGUGCCCCCAGCAGCCUCUCAUCCCCAUCUACCUGAUCGUCCUGAGUGCGGUUGUCCUCCUCCUGCUGCUGCUCAGCUGCCUGCCCUGCGGAGAUGGCACAGACCGACCCAACCCCUGGGCACAGCGCUUCCGGGCCGCCUGCUGCCUCUUCCUCUGCAUCUGGUUCCUGGCAGGUGAGUCUCCCCCCACCUGUCUCUUCCCCACAUACCUGGUGGGAACUGCUGCCCUGCAGAAGGGGGUAUUUAUGAGGUGGAAGUCGGCGGGUGGGUGGGCUGCCCUUUCCCCAGAAAAGCAGAGGUCACUAAGCAGAGGUCUGCCGGGAUGCCUAAGCUGCGUUUCCCGCAUCCUGGAGGGUUGGGAUGGAUGGCCUUUGGGUGCCCCUUCUGACUCCAUGAACCAUUCAGAACAGGGGUCCUCAGAAAGGGGGUUCAGAAGAGGGUUCAAUGGAACUCCCGCAAAUGAAUUGUGGGUUUGCCUCAGAUGGGCAGGCAGGAGAUGCAGGUCAGCGACGGGACCCCUCCCCAUCCCUUGUUCACCCCCUAACAAAAUCUCCAGGGGGAGAGGGGGAGAGGCAGGAAAGGCCCUUAUUUUCCCGCUGUAAUAAACGAAAAUCUGCCCUCACAAGAGCCCUUAUAGAGUCCUUUGCAGCUUCUCCAUCGGGAGGAGAAAAUAACGGAGGCCAACCAGAAAAUAUUGAGAAGCAAAGCAGCUAGUAAGCCUGAUCUUUAUUAACUGCUGCAACAGGGUGAUCCCCUCACACGCAGGAAAGAGAAGGAGGAGCCCAGCCAUGCGCGCAAGCCUUUAUAUAGACAUUUUAAAUUGCCCGCCCUGGAGUCCAAGACCACCCCCAGAAACAUCACACCUACAUCACAGAAAAGGUGGUCUACAUAGCCUAUGAGAUGGCUAUGAAAGCUGCUAAGAAAUCUUACUUUGCAGCUUCCAUUGCAUCUGGUAGCUCUCGCCCGGCACAACUUUUUAGAAUAAUUAGGUCAAUAACGUCCUUAGGAGGACAACCAAAUUUAAGCACAAAUUCGACCCACAGCUGUGAGGCAUUCGCGAGCUUUUUGCGGAGAAAGUCCUGUUGCUCCGCCGUGACCUCCCUGCCAAUUUAGAUACAGUGACUGAACUGGAGGCCCCUCGACUGACUUCAGGUCCAGUGUUGGACCAUUUCGAUUGGAUACUCCCUGCUAAUGUGGAUAGAUUCCUCCAAGUUGGUAGGCCCACCACCUGCCUCCUUGAUCCGUGCCCAUCUUGGCUGAUUAGGGAGUGUCCAGAUGUUGCGCGGACCCCCCUGGUUGAAAUUAUCAAUUUGUCCCUUGACACGGGGACAUUCCCAGGGGAACUGAAGGAAGCAGUGGUGUGUCCACUCUUAAAUAAAACUUCAUUAGAUCCCUUAGACCUAUCCAAUUACCGCCCAGUUUCAAAUCUUCCAUACCUGGGUAAUGUAAUUGAGAGAGCGGUUGCUGAACAGCUUGGUAGGUUUCUGGAGGAAACAUCGACAUUAGAUCCAUUUCAGUCCGGUUUCCGUCCUGGUUUUGGGACGGAGACGGCUCUGGUUGCCCUAACAGAUGAUCUCCGUAGACAGCUGGAUCGAGGCGGGUCAGGACUGGUGAUCCUUUUAGAUUUGUCAGCAGCCUUUGACAUGGUCGAUCAUGAUCUUCUGGACCACCGCCUCGCAGACGAGGGGAUACAGGGCAUAGCCCGUAACUGGUUGUGCUCUUUUAUCUCUGGUCGGGGACAGAGGGUGGCACUAGGGAGGGAAAUGUCAUCGCGCCACUCCAUGGAGUGUGGAGAGCCGCAGGGCGCAAUUCUCUCCCCGAUGCUUAUUAACAUCUUUAUGCGCCCCCUUGCCCAGAUUAUCCGGAGCUUUGGGCUGGGCUGUCACCAAUAUGCUGAUGACACUCAGCUCUAUCUGCUGAUGGAUGGCCACACCGAUUCGGCCCCGAACACACUGACCAGAUGCUUGGAAGCUGUGGCUGGAUGGUUUCGUGGGAGCCGAUUGAAACUAAAUCCUUCAAAGGCAAAGGUCCUAUGGCUGGGUCGGGAUGGCAUGGGGAUGAGGGACCAACUCCUUUCUCUUGCGGGGGCCCAAUUAGUGCCAUUGCCUUCCGUUAAGAGUUUGGGUGUAAUCCUUGAUGCCUCCCUUUCCAUGGAGGCGCAGGUUACAGCAACAGCCAAGGCGACAUUUUUCCACCUUCGCCGCAUCAAGAGUUGGUCCCUUACCUUUCCCGCCCCGACCUGGCCACAGUGAUCCAUGCGACGGUCACCUCCAGGCUUGACUACUGUAAUUCGCUCUACGCGGGGCUGCCCUUGAAGCUGCCCCAGAAACUCCAGCGGGUGCAGAAUGCUGCAGCGAGGCUCCUCACGGGGUCUCUGCCAUGCGAGCAUAUUCACCCACUAAUUUUCCAGCUGCACUGGCUCCCGGUGGAGUACAGGGUCAGAUUUAAGGUGCUGGUUUUGACCUUUAAAGCCCUUCACGGCCUAGAACCCUCGUACCUACGGGACCGCCUCUCCCAAUAUGCCACACGGAGAGCCUCAAGGUCCAUAAAUAGCAACACCCUAGUGGUCCCGGGCCCUAAGGAAGUUAGAUUGGCUUCAACCAAAGGCAGGGCCUUUUCAACUCUGGCUCCGCCUGGUGGAACGCUCUGCCUCAUGAGACCAGGGCCCUGCAGGAUCUGAUUUCUUUCCGCAGGGCCUGUAAGACAGAGUUGUUCCGCCUGGCCUUUGGCUUGGAGCCAAUUUGAUUCCCUCCCUCUCUUUCUUUUUUCCUUUCCUUCUCCUCCUGCGAUGAGGCUACAUUUUAAUAUUUUAAUGUUCCAUUAUUUUAAUGUUGUAUUUUAUUUUUGUUUUUAAGUUGUAAUCAUUCAUCUUGUUUUUAUUAUUGCUUGUAAGCCGCUCUGAGCCCGGCCUUGGCUGGGGAGGGCGGGGUAUAAAUAAAAAAUUAUUAUUAUUAUUAUUAUAUUACAACAGAAAUCUGCGUGCGUUGUUUAUGUCUGGCAGGUUACCUGUUAAUGCGCACUUGAUUGGAUACCCUGGGGAGCCUGGCCAGUCUUUCGUAAUGACAAAUACUUAGUUCCUGAGUCAGGUCACAGGCUCACCCUAUUCAUACACUGACAUACCCUUAAAAACAGGAUUUCUGAAGGAAAAGACAAUGGGGAGGCUUUUCCAUUUUCCUUCGACCUUGCAGAGAAAUCAUUUGGUCCAUUUGGGAAUCAAAAAUGGUUCCAGGUCGGUCUUCCUGUGCUGAUCUAUGUACGUGCUUGGUUGGUACACUUAGGAACAUUGAACAUAUAUCUAAGACCUCAAAAUUCCUAUUACACCGUUCUCCCUACAGGCAACGUGUGGGUCUACACCAUCUUCCCCCCCAACUACGACCCGGCCGGCCACCCCACCUUCUGCCAGCGCACCGUCUUCCUCUUCGCCUUCGCCGUCACCACCGCCGUCUACGUGGUGCUGGCCGUGGCGCUGCUCUUCGCCCUCUGCGUCCUCCUGGGCCUCUUCAUCUUCGACGCUGUCCGGCCGCGCGGGGGGUGUGGCACUUGGCAGGGCCCUUGA